AUGGACAAAUACGAGAAGAUGGGCAAGAUCGGCGAGGGCUCGUACGGCGUGGUUUUCAAAUGUCGCAACAGGGACUCAGGACAGAUCGUCGCUAUCAAGAAGUUUGUGGAGUCUGAGGACGACCCCACCAUCAGGAAAAUCGCUCUCAGGGAGAUCAGGAUGCUAAAGCAACUGAAACACGGCAACCUAGUGAAUCUGAUCGAGGUGUUUCGCCGCAAGAGGAAACUUCAUCUGGUGUUCGAGUACUGCGACCACACGGUUCUCCACGAGCUGGACCGAUACCCACGAGGGGUUCCCGAGCAUCUGGUGAAGAACAUCACGUGGCAGACGCUUCAGGCUGUCAACUUUUGCCACAAACACAACUGUAUCCACAGAGACGUGAAGCCUGAGAACAUUCUCAUCACCAAACAGCACGUCAUCAAGCUCUGCGACUUCGGCUUCGCCAGGAUUCUCACGGGGCCGUGCGACUACUACACAGACUACGUGGCCACGCGCUGGUACCGUGCACCUGAGCUGCUGGUGGGGGACACGCAGUACGGCCCCCCUGUGGACGUCUGGGCCAUCGGCUGUGUCUUCGCAGAGCUCCUCUCCGGCGUUCCACUGUGGCCCGGGAAGUCCGACAUGGACCAGCUCUACCUUAUCCGCAAGACACUCGGAGAUCUCAUCUACCGUCAUCAGCAAGUUUUCAGCACCAAUCAAUUCUUCCACGGCCUUUCCAUCCCUGAACCUCAAGAGAGAGAACCUCUGGAGCUGAAAUAUCCAAACCUCUCACAACAAGCACUCAGUCUCAUGAAGGCCUGUUUGCGUAUGAACCCCAGCGAGCGUCUUCCGUGCGAGCAGCUGCUGCAGCAUCCUUACUUUGACAGCCUGAGACACGGCGAGCGCCCCAACGGCCACGAUCGCCACGGCAACAGGAGGACACGCCUGCCACGCAAACACCUUUUUGUGUGUCAGUGUUUGCCUCAGCUGACGGGGAGCAGCAUCUUCCCCGCUCUGGACACCAAGAAGUACUACCACAACCUCAACAAGUUCAACUACCAUCUCCCCAACAUCUAA